AACGAUGUCCUUGCCAAUGGUCGUAAGCACUGCUAUAUGGACUAAGGUAAACUCUAAUUGGGUGGUUCUCCAGGCCGUCAGUCACCUCGCUCAAUUUUACGCACGAAUAAUCCGAUGCGGUCAUUCUGAGCGUUGAUAUAAUAGUGUGCAAUACCUACCCUCCGUCUCUUCAGUUUGCCUUCGACAGAGAAGCAGCUCUAAUGACUACCUCUUGAAUCACCACAGACAAUAUGGAUAACGCCACCACCACCACCAGCGGAAAGGUGGCUAAAACCAUGAACCCUUCACGGAGUAUCACGAUAUGCGUAUACUGUGGUUCGUCCACUGGCAAUGACCCUGCCCACUUGCAGGCUGCACGAGAUUUGGCGCGACUCAUGGCUGCCAGAGGUAUCAAAUUGGUCUAUGGUGGCGGAACCGUUGGGCUCAUGGGGGAAGUGGCCAAGACCCUGGUCUCAUUAUCAGGGCCCGACUCAGUACACGGCAUCAUUCCCGAAGCACUGGUCAAGUUUGAAAGGGACAAUACCUACAGCAGCGUAACUUCGGGUAACGUGCCCAUUCCGGAGGAGGCAACUUACGGUCGCACUACCAUCGUCAACGACAUGCAUACUAGCAAGCGCAUGAUGGCGGAAGAGGUGAUUGCUGGAGGUCCCGGGUCCGGCUUCAUAGCUCUUGCGGGCGGCUAUGGCACUAUUGAGGAGAUCCUAGAAGUCGCGGCGUGGGUUCAGCUUGGGAUCCAUCAGCGCGGUGUUUGCCUGCUCAACAUCAGCGGCUUCUGGGAUGGAGUACUGGGCUGGAUUCGUCGAGCCGCCGAGGAGAAGUUCAUUCGCCCAGCCAAUGCUGGGAUUGUGGUGGAAGCAAGUACCCCAGCUGAGGCUAUAGACAAGCUUGCCGCAUAUGAUGUUCCUGAUUCCAUUCUACAUCUUGAAUGGGAUGGGAUCUGAGCUCAGUGUUCUAAGGCGGAGUUUGUAGGUUUGGCUUGCCUGUAGUGUAAGAUAGAACAGUACUUAGACCACGACAAUCUCGCCUCUCUAUCCCAUGAAUUUUUCGUAGCAGCUGCAUUCACGACUCUUGGAAAUCGAAAUGACUGUCGUGUGCAGGCCAUCUUGGUCCGAAACGCUACUGAGAUAACCCCUAUCCGCCUGAGCCUACAACAGGUCGACUUGAUCUUAUGGAUAGGUACCUCAGACUAAGGCAGCUACCAUAAUUAGCACAGAUCUCGACCGUUCUUCAGCA